ACGGCUGCCAGUCGCCAUCCCCAGGUCGGCACUCGUCUCCCGGCCUUCUCUCCAGUCAACGCGGGGUCCGCUAGACCCCUCGUGCCCGCCCCGCAAGCCGCCAUCUAGGAUGUGCUGACCCCGCGCAGCCAUGGCUUCAGCAGCGGCGGAGAGGCGUCUGGGGACUCAGGAGGAGACAACCGUGGCGCCCGCACCGCACGCAGAGGCGCCCGGUUGCCGCGCUAACAGCUCUGAGUGUCCAGGGACAGGAGACCCCUGUCUGGUGCCAGUCCACGAAGCCUGCUGGCUCCAGGGUGAAGACAAGUGUCCAGAAGGACAAGCCUCAGAGCCAGAGCUCCAGGAGAAGCGACUCAAGCCAGAGGAGAGGCUCAAGCCAGAGGAGGACACACUAGAAGAGAAGGGCCCCAGGCCUAUGGUCUCUGUUGUCAGACCGGGUCAAAUUCCCAAGAGGAAGCCAGUCAAGGGUGAAGCUGAGAUGCCACCGGGACUGCUGCUGCAGAGGGAGGAGCCGGAGGGCAGCCAGAGUGAGCUCUCACCAUCUCCCAAACAGCACAAAAAAGCCAAGAAGCGCAAGACUCUGGGGACUUCAGCACUCCCAGCUACAGCUGGCACAGUGCCUGCAUCUUCAGAGACCUUGGGGCUGGAGCGAAAGGCCCAGCGCCUGCGGCCCCUGUACCAGUACAUCAACUAUUACAAUCCUGAGCUGAACCAGGCAGAGGAGGGGGACAGGGAGGCUGAGGCGGAGCCGGAGCCUGAGCCAGAGUUGGCUAUGGUCCCUGAGGCAGGAGUGGAGCAAUUGCAGGCCUUGCUGCCCAUGUCAGGUGAGCUGGGCUCAGGCCUUGCUUUGUCCUGCCCCAGUACAUUAAUGCCCCCCACCCACGCUCUGGCUCCCCGGACAGAGGAGGCUGGAGAGGAGCCUGGGCUUCUACCCAGCUUGAGGGCCAGCAGCCAGCUAAAGGCUGAGGUGGAUAAAUCGACCCAGGUGGACAUCGACAAGAUGCUGAGUGUGUGCACUGCCCCACUUGUGCCCCCACUCUCUCCUCAGCACAAGUGACUAUCCCACCUCACUGGUGGCUGCCCCUCCCUCAAGCCUGAACCAGAGCAGCAGCCUAUGGGCCUAGGCCCUCAGGAAAGGGGGUAGGGUGUGGCCUUGAGCUCCUGACCCUACAUGGUGGGACCUUGGGCUUGCUAACAAUAAAUAUAUUUCGUUUUCUCAGACUUUGUGAUUCCCCAAAUAAGACACCCAAAGAGGGAGAAGGGUGGAGGAUUCCCCAGUGUAUGGUCUGAAGUCUGACUGGUCAUCUGGAUCACUUGGGAACUUAACAAAAAUAGGUUCCUGGUGCCACCCCGGAACUGAUUUAAUCAAAGUCUGCAAGGGUGGGGCCUGGAUUCUGUGUAUUUAAAAGCUCCCCAGAUGAAUCUGCAGGUCAAGCAGGGUAACAGUAGGGGAUAGCAA